AUGGGCAUAUCGCCCAAGGCCGCCGCGGCGGCAGCCUUCACCCCGAGAGGAUCAGGCUCGGUCACACCUGCAGUCAUCUCACAUUCAAAGGAACCUUCCGGAGAUUUCGUACCUCAGCAAGUCUUUGCGACCCAGCAGCAGUUCAAUGAGUUUGUGCCUGGGCAGACCUUUGUUCCACAGCAACAGAUGGAAGUCCAGCCACAAAUGCAGACGACGAUGAACGCAUUCAGCGACCCCUUCCUCACUCAGACAGGUAUAACCAGCUUGGACGGAACACAACAGCAAAUAAAUCCUUACGCCCAGCAAACUUCUGCUAUAGGUGGACAGCAGUUUUACCAAGACACGAAUAGCUUCAAGCAUCCCCUCAACUAUCAUCUUUAUUCCUCCAUCGGUCCGAAACGGGAGAACCUAAUGGCAUACCAACGCAGCACGUCCGACUUCUUCAUUCCGGACAACCUGCGUGAAGACCUGCAGCGCAAGGCAGAAGCGACCUUGCAGACCUUCGCAAACAGCACACUUCCGCAGAAUGUCGAAUACUUUCACUCGCUCGUCGCACUGGACACUGGCAACCAGAAAGGUCCCACAACAUUCGGCUAUCCGAGCUGGGUCUACAAGGCUGUAUCUAGCCGCGACGGGCAUACCUACGCUUUGAGACGCAUCGAAGGCUUUCGGUUGACCAACGAGGCCGCCAUCCGUACGGUACAGACCUGGAAACGCAUCAGCAGCAGCAGUCUGGUCCAGGUGCAUGAUGCGUUUACUGGCAGAUGGUUCAAUGACAGCUCACUGAUCAUUGUCACUGACUACCAUCCGAUGGCUCAGACGGUGAACGACAAGUUCUUUGGAGCAAGUCGACAGGCUGGUAACAAUCGCGGAGCGCAGCAGAUCACACCAGAGAACGAGCUGUGGUCAUACGUUGUGCAGAUUGCGAGCGCACUCAAGUCCAUCCACGAAGGCGGGCUAGCCGCUCAGACAGUCAUACCGACCAAAGUGCUCGUGACAUCCAAGAAUCGCUUCCGACUGAACGGUUGCGGCGUGAUGGACAUCGUGCAACACGAGCAACGGAAAACAACCACCGAAUACCAACGCACCGACCUCGAAGACCUGGGCAAACUCAUCCUCAGCCUUGCAACCCGCAACCAAACCGCCCACCACAACAUCCCCAAAGCCCUCGAACAAGUCAGCAGAUCUUACACCGAGCGCCUCCGCGCCUGCAUCGCCUGGCUCAUCACCCCGCCUACCCCACCCACACCAACCUCUGGAACCGAGCCGCCGCAGGAGACGGUGCAUAUGGCCGACUACAACGUCAACACCCUCCUCAACAACAUCGCCGACAAAGUCAUCUCGACCCUCGACUCCACCCUCCACGCCGAAGACGACCUCACCUCCAACCUCAUGCACGAGCUCGAAAACGGCCGUCUCGUCCGCCUCCUCACAAAACUCAACAUCAUCCUCGAGCGCCCCGAAUCCAGCACCGCGCCCUCCGCCACCCCCACCGCAUCCACCAACCAACCUUCCUCCGCCUGGUCCGAGACUGGGGAGCGCUACUACCUCAAGCUCUUCCGGGACUAUGUCUUCCACCAAGUCGACCAUGAAGGCCGGCCCGUGCUGGAUUUGGGCCAUGUAGUGGCGUGUUUGAAUAAAUUGGAUGCAGGGGUGGAUGAGCGGUUGCGGCUGGUGAGUCGGGAUGAGCAGAGUGUGUUUGUUGUGACGUAUCGGGAGGUGAAGAGGGGGUUUGAGGGGGCUUGGGGGGAGAUUAGUAAGGCUAGUGCUUCUGGGGGUGGGAGGAGGUAG